CAUGUAUACCGUGCAGACAGUCGUGGUGGCAUAUACUCACUAGUCUUUUCUUGCUACGCACUCGACAACUCGUGUACAACACUCGACUUUUCGUUUCAUACACUGCUGCCUCUUGCUGAUCAGUAGGCCUACCAGGACGUUAAUAGCCCUAUAUCCUCUUUCAUUCGAAUACAACAUCAUAAAAGAGUAGCAAUCUCGACGCCAUGAUCAUGUCAGGAGUUUAUUCCAAUUUUGUUCUGUUUGCCUGCCUCCUCGCUUGUGUGUCGGGCUCAGAACUGGUCAGGAACAAGAGACAAUGGCCCUAUUCCUAUGAUACCAAUGCCAACCCCUACGGCGCCUGCGGGAAACCCACCACGCCCAUCCCUCAUGGUGGUAUCAAGCUCUUCCCCAUCACUGACUUCUACGAUCAAAAUGACAAUUCAUGUAAUACGUGCUAUUCAAGAUGCCCUUUGUGUGAACCCAAAUUCUACUGCAACGACGGGUACGAGAAGAAGGGCGUCUUUCGCUUGGACUGUGUUCAAAAUAGCAACACUCGUCAGUACGAAUGGGAAGGAAGCAUUCCUCAUUGUGAAGAAAUCGAAACUUCAAGCAUCUUUAUUUAUGCUAUUCCGGCCCUCGUUUUUCCAGGAACGCUCGUAUGUUUCCUCAUAAGGAUAGCAUUAAGAAGCAGUCUGAGGAGAAAUGGUCCCACACGAACUGCCCCGAGGACCGGUCUUCGCUCAACAACUAUCCACGUCACCCCGGCGUCCCGGGCCCCUGGCGAACGUACAUUGGAUAUACCGAGGGUCCCAUUUCAUGGGCCAGCAGGCUACUCCCGGUUCGACGACAGUAACGUGAAUGUUGCCCAGGACGAGACGGUAUCCAGCAGGUACGACACAGAAGUCCCGGCAGUGGAGGCGGUCUCCUCCGAUGCCCCUCCUCCGUCCUACACGCAGGCACUUCAGAUAGAAACGGCGGAUCCUGCUAGCACAUCUAUAAGCCCAACAACAACUGCAGUAGACUCUCCUGCUGCAAUCAUUGCUACUACUUAGAUUACGGGGCUGAACUAUACGGUCUUCAGCUUUUCUUUCUCCGUGUUUUUUUUUUUUUUUUGGAAGGGGGGGGGGAGGAUGUAAAAAGGUCAAACAUUAUGAUCUACAAUGAAACUGCUGAACCGUUACCGGAAAAUUGUAACAAGAUUGCACGGAAAUGGAUCAUGCUACGUGAGAGAACGAACCAGAAAAAGACAUAACGGUAUCAUUAUCCUAAAUUUUUUUAGUAGGUAUAAUGUGAACCUUAUAUGACCUAAGAGACCGUAAAUUUGUUUUGCAAUUUUUCUUUGUCGCUUGUUAAUGUAUAUUGUAUUUUUUUACUGUACUAUUUCUGGUCCCAAUGUAAGACCAGCGGCAUCAUAAUGAUACCGCUGAAUAUGGGCUAUCCAGUCGUUAAUUUAAUCUUGUAAUUCAUAAUUCUAUUCGUUGUUGUUUUACUGAAUUAACUUUGUCUUUUUUUAUACGGAAAAUAAAACAAACAAAGACAAAACGUUUAUUCGCGAAGAAAUCGUGCUUCUUUUCCGAAAAUGUCUUUUUCUUUAAAGACCGUCAAUACAACUGGGCCAGAAGGGAUUUAGACCACACAGCGAGGUCACUGACAGGUGGCUGUCUCAUUAACUCAGCUC